AUGGUGCAGCCUUUCUUUGGCUUGUUUGGUUUUGGAGGACCAAUUGCCUCUAUGCAUUUGGGAAGGCAUGCUGUGGUUUCUUCCAAGACUAUGCAAUCUAAAAGAGUAUACAUGUUACAUCUGAAGAGAGAAGCUCUAUUGAGCAGAUCUGGUUCUCAACACUCUUGGAAAACUGAUGGUGGCAUCAGGGUUCCUUUAGAAAAUGAAAGUGCCAGAGCACCUCAAGGAAGCUUCACGAAGGUUGAGAUUUUCAAGCCUAGAAUGAAAAAUGUGAAUCUAUAUCAACUCUCGUGCAAGCUGAAGGACAUCUAUUUCCCAUACGUUCAGUGUGAUGGUUUGUCGAAUUUGAGGAGGACUAUCAGACCUGUCCAUUUUGAGGUUAAUGGUAUUGAUUUAGCUGAAAUUGAAGGAGGGGAGGUUGCAAUUACCAACUUGCAUUCAUGCAAUGGUCCUGAUUUUAUAAUUCAAGUCCAUUUUUCAAUCACAGAGGACACUGACGCAAAUAGAAUACUCGGUUCUGCACCAAUUCAUGAGGCUAAUGCUUGCCUGAAGUGUGUCUACUUUCCUGUUGUUCAGAGGAAGUUCUUAAUAUAA